GUUAGCUUCUUACUAAAACUAAUUACAAUCACAUAUAAAGCAAUAAUGGCUGUGAUUGUCUCUAACAAAAAAGCAGCCAUGUCCCGUAAUUUGGUUCUCUUGUUCUGCCUUCUUCUCAUCAUCUCCUUUGCUGAGGGAAAACAACUAGGCAGCAUUGGGUUUGGGGGCCUCAAAGCAGCUCCAAGAGCCCCAAGAUGCCAAAAGGUAUAUGGGGCAAAACUUGGGGAUACUUGCGAUGGAAUCAUUCAGAAGUUCAAACUGAAUGCUUCUCACUUCUCUGAAAUCAACCCUAACCUCAACCGUGACAGUAUCUUUGUGGGUCAAUGGCUUUGCAUUGUUGGCACUGCAAAAUAAACUGCAGACUGAAGGAGGAAAGUUUGAGUUGAAGCACAGAAUAUAAAUGCAUGAAUA